AUGUCUAAAGUCCGUAAAGUCCAUUUCUCUAGCCGCGGCAUCUCCAUCGCCGGAGAUGUGUACCUCCCAUCCCCAACCGCCCCAAACCGCAGAAAAGCAUCCAUCAUCGUCGGCCAUCCUGGCACAGGCGUCAAGGAACAAGCAUCUGGCCUCUACGCCCGCUCCCUUGCCGAAAACGGCUUCGUAACUCUUGCCUUUGACGCCGCGCAUCAAGGCGAGAGCGGCGGCGAACCGCGCUACCUCGAAGACCCGUACCAACGCGUCGAGGACUUCAGGAGCGCCGUGACGUUUCUGUCCACUCUGGAUGGCGAGGUCGAUCCCGAGCGCAUUGGUGUUUUGGGGAUAUGUGCUUCAGGCGGAUACUCGAUAUUUGCGGCGCAAACGGACCUGCGCAUCAAGGCCGUGGCGACUGUGUGUGGAGUAUGCAUUGGAGCAAUGACGCGCAACAGUAUGAAAGACCGCUCUGGCGCGGUCGAUCGAGAGAUGCUUCAUCAGAGCCUCGUAUAUGCGGGGAAAGACCGCAUCGCUGAAGCGAAAGGCAGCCAGCCGAUGACGGUCAAUAUCAUGGAUACACCGGGGGCGGCAUCCUCGAUGUACGAAUUUACAAAUGGUGAGGAGUUUGGAUACGUUGGCGACUUAUGA